GGUGACGUCACCACUCUGAGCAGCACAGGUGACGAUAACAGCCAUAACCCCUCUUUCCUGCUUCGAAGUUUCAGAAGGACGGUAGUUACCUACCUUACUUCUUAUUUCCUUGAUCAAGAGCAUUCUCUCCUCUCUCCAGACCACAAUUUCUUACUUCUUGAAAUAGCAAGACUCACAGAAACAGACUCCAACAUGGUCCAAAACGCUCUCCUCUCCAGCUUCAUCCUUCAGCUCUGCCUGGCCACGCUCGCCUUCGCAGCUCCCGUCGCGGACAAGACGCUGACCACCACCGCGGCCGGCAACUCCUGGUCAUAUGGAACAGGCGGAGGGAUCAUAGGAUUCGUUGUCUUGAUACUUGACAUCAUUGUCUUCGUCGAGGUCGUGAAGUCCAACCGUCCACCAGUCUCGAAGCUGCUCUGGUGCCUCGUCGUCUUCCUCUUUCCCAUCAUCGGCCUGGUUGUUUACUGGCUGUUUUCGAACCGUGUUUCGCACAACAGUGGCUCUGGCUACGAGACCUUGCCCUAGACGCGAUGCCAAUACUCUGGUGAACAUUGAAGACUUUUGCUGGCAGUGCGGGACUGGGAUUUGCGGCCGGGGGAGUUGCAUAACAGGGCACUAAAGUGAAAGUGAAAGAUCUACUAUCGUUUCGGCAUUUACAUACGAGCUCUUUGCAGUUGGAGCUUAAAUCCCUACUAGACAAUGGGGGUUGGAAGAGUCAGGAGAGUUGGUCAUUGAUAAACCAGCAAUAGCAAUAUUUGAGAGCGAUUGGAAGACUUCCCAGUUUCACCACUCAUUGUUAUCACGACUACCUGGUUCU